UGAACGCGGCUACCUGUCGAAGCUAGUGGCUUUAAAUCCAAUGGAGGAUCCUCCCGCAGAUUCUGGCGGCGGUGGCGGCGAUGUAUCAACGCUGGGCCCCGCGGUGCAGGUGUCGGAUGUCUGCUACACGUUUGGGACGCUCCCCUGUCGGCUUCUGGAGUGGAAAGUCAAACCUGGCUCUCACGUCAAUGUGGACUCCGUGUUAGCGCUCUGUGUCCCCAUCAGGGCAGCGACGACCAGGCUGCCGGAGAAGAAGGUGAAGUCGGACCGCGCGGGAGUCGUAAAGGAGCUGUGCUGUCACCCCGGACAGGUCAUACAGCCUGGGGGUGUCAUUGUCAGAAUAGCAGGAUGCAGCCACCCCAUAGUGAUGAAAGGCUUAUGUGCUGAAUGUGGCCUGGACUUGACCCAACUGCAGAGCACAAAUGGAAACCAGCAAACUCCCAUCUCUACGGCAACAGUCUCCAUGGUGCACAGUGUGCCCGAGUUGAUGGUCAGCUCUGAGCAAGCAGAGCUGCUUGGCAGGGAGGACCAGCAGAGGCUGCGCCGUAACAAAAAACUGGUCCUGAUGGUGGACUUGGACCAGACUCUCAUCCACACCACCGAUCAACACUGCCAGCAAAUGUCAAAUAAGGGCAUUUUCCACUUCCAGCUGGGGCGAGGAGAGCCAAUGCUCCACACGCGACUACGCCCGCAUUGCAAGGAAUUCCUGGAGAAAAUCGCCAAACUGUACGAGUUGCACGUCUUCACAUUCGGCAGUCGUCUUUAUGCACACACCAUUGCGGGCUUUUUGGACCCUGAAACAAAGCUGUUCUCCCAUCGAAUUCUUUCGAGAGAUGAAUGCAUCGACCCCUAUUCCAAGACGGGGAACCUUAGGAACCUUUUCCCCUGUGGGGAUUCAAUGGUCUGCAUCAUUGAUGACCGUGAAGACGUGUGGAAGUUUGCGCCCAACCUCAUCACUGUGAAGAAAUACGUUUACUUCGAGGGCAUCGGGGAUAUGAACGCGCCGCCCGGCUCGCAGGAAGCUCUCAUGGCCAAGAAAGGAAGCCAGUCAUGUCGCCCAGCAGAGAGCACAGAACCAUUAGAAGCCCCGGGUGCAGACGAGCACAACAACGGUCUCAGGAAAAAGCCAGUAAACGACGGCCCAGCGGAGUCUCGGUGCUCUCAGGGAGUCCCCACAAAUGAACGGACACAUCCCGCCGGGCCUGUGCAGGUCGAGGCGUUAAGUAAACCUUUAGAGGCUGAUGAGGAGGCAUCUGAGGCCACAUCGAAGCAAACUCAGGGGGGUCAUGGCCAAGAAAAUAGUCAAGAGGAGAGUGUUAGCAGGACAGAUGAUGCCCAGGACAGUCCGAACUCUUUAACAGCAAUCGGUGAGUCCAAUAAUCUGGACUUUGACCUUUCCAGUGACAGCGACAGUGAGUCUAUAAAGGAAAAGACGACCUCUGCGGACGGUGACAGUGAGGUCAGCCAGGAAAAGAAGUCUGAGCAAGAUGGCGGAGAAGAGACAAAAGAUAAAGCACAAACAAUUUCUGACUCGGCAGAACAUUCAGACGUUCUUCUCCCUGAGCUUGGGAACGGCUGCUCAGACAGGAGGGAACCCGAAACCGAGUCACAGAAUAGCGAACAGUCUGGUGUGACAAUGGGGGAGGAGCUCCUGGACCAGAGCAUGGAGGACGAGGAUGAAGAGGAAGCGGACAACGACAAGGACGAUCACCUCAUCUACCUGGAAGAAGUGCUGGAGCGGAUCCACACGGAGUACUAUGCCCGCUAUGAGACCUUCCUGAAGAAGGAGGUGCCCGACACGCCCGACACGCCGGACAUUCGCAAGAUUGUUCCUGAGCUGAAGAGCAAGACGUUAGAGGGCACCACAUUGGUGUUCAGUGGCUUGUACCCAACCAACUACCCAUUUGAGAGGACUCGGGAGUACUACCACGCUAAGGCACUGGGGGCAAAGAUUGGCAAGAAUUUGGUUCUGAACUCACAAGAACCUAAUGGAACGACACAUCUCAUUGCAGCUAAAUCUGGCACGGAGAAGGUCCGUCAAGCGCUGGCGUGCAAGCAUCUCCACGUGGUUAACCCUGACUGGCUGUGGAGUUGUCUGGAGCGCUGGGAGAGGGUGGAGGAGACCCUCUUCCCGCUAAAGGAGGACUACUGCAAGCAGACACGGAGCAACAGCCCGGCAGCUUUCCUGUGGGGCUCCCGGCAGAAGCCUCAUUUCCAGCAACCUCCUCCGAUCCAACACAGACCUCCGCCUCCGGAGGUUCGAACCUACGACCGCGUCACCGGGAAGCUGAUUCGCAGGGCCCCUCGGACAUCAACGGCAGCGCCUUACCUCCAGACGUCAGGUUCUGCUCUGUCUGAUCAACGUGAGCAGCAGACGUGUCUCAGGGGAACGCCAAAUAGUCAACAAGACGUAGCAGCGGGGCCCAGCCAGGAUGACAAGUCAUUAGGGCCGGCGCGUCGGGAGCGUCAGCCAAGCAUGUCGGAGACGAUGCCGCUGUACACGCUUUGCAAGGAGGAUCUAGAGAGCAUGGAUAAAGAGGUGGAUGACAUCCUGGGUGAGGAGAGCGACAACGAGAGUGAGGGACGGGGGAAAGAGAAAGCGGGUAAUGAGGAGGUGGAGGACGAGCAGGAACAGCCGCAAGGAGCCGAACCCCUAACAGGAGGACGGGGAAGAGGAGGUGGUCCUCAGGAGCUGACAGCGGAGGAAGAGGUCCAAGCGACAUCCAGUGGGGCUACUGUGUCAAGGGGCCACAAACGGAAGCACGACGACGCCAAGGAAGACGACGACGAGGCUGAUGAGUCCUGCAAAGAAGAAGAGGAGGAGGAGGAGGAGGAAGAGGAGUGCAGCUCCUCCGAGGCUGACGAGAUGGCGGCGGCAUUGGAGGCGGAGCUUAAUGACUUUAUGUGACGUGGGACGCUGACAAGCUGUAAUUAUGAAAACAACGAUGAAUGUUCUGUACAGUAUUGCUGUGUUUUGUAGCAUUAAUAUUCAUCCUGAUAGCCCCCCCUCUUUUUUUUUGGUGGGCAGAUAUUUUAUUGUGAAGAAAAUAAAUUGUUGGAAAAAAAAAUGAAUACUUUUGAGUUUUUUUAAUUUAUUUCGACUAAAGUGGCGAUAAUCCUUGCAAAUGUGGCCGCUCAUGCCAAAGAGUUUGAAGUCGUGCAGCUAAAUUUCACUUUUGGACUUCUCACGUCAUAUUUGUUCAUAUAAAAAUGAUUAUGCUUAUGUGAUUUUUUUGAGGUUGUUGCUUUAUAUCUUCUUGUGCACUUUGACCUUGACAUUGAACCCUGCCCCUCUCUUGUUCUCAGCCUUUUCUGGACAAUUUACACUGGAGCCAAUCACGUUUCGACACGGGCGCUUGUACAGCUCAGCGCAAGGCGGCGCCCCAAUGGAGAUCCGUUGAGGUGAACGUAUUUACAGCACGCUAAGCUAAAUCAUUGGGACUUAGCUUACCUGCAACAAUGAAAUACAUGGCAUUGAAACCCCUGGGAAAUAUAUUGACCAAAAAAUAAAGAAAUAAACAUGUCCAAGCUUAGUGUCAGGUGACUAAAAAAAAGGGCACUGAGCAAAAUAUUCCUUUUUUUUAAAAAUCCGUAAAAAAUAAGAAUUUCCAAUCACCUGUAUUUUAUAGCUGUGGGCCAGAAAUUCCUGUUAAAUAAAUUUUACCCCAAAAAACCUCCAAGCAUAUAGUUGAUAUAUUUAAAAAGACACAUCAUUGAAUUUAUGGUGUUGGGGCAGAAAUGGCUGAUUUACCUGAUUAACAAAAAAAGUACAGUAAACAUUGUUAACAUAUUCUGGACUAGUGAAGGCACUAACCAACAUCAUAAAAAAUGUGUAUUUUAUGACCUUGGUAGAAAUCCCUGCAAAACUUUUUUUCCAUGAAAAGUGAGUGGAUAUGUCGUGAAGUUUCAAAAUGUCGUUUUUAAGUAAAAGAAACUCAAAUCAAAAGAAAAGGUGCUGAAGAGUUCCCCUCAUUGAGCUACACUGCAAUGGGGAAUAGAAUUGGGGUUAUUUGUUGUAAUGUAUUUGUAUUUUUACCAUCAACCCCCCACCCCCUCCUCCGGCUCCAGUAUUAAAUACAUCCAUCAUUUCCAUCACAUGUUAUUUUCCUUUGUAUUCCCCUUCUUUUUCAAUGACAAACUAAUGGAUUAGAUUUACCCAGAGAGCUACUUUGACUAA